CAGGCCCAGGGUGGCUGAAGAGGAGCUCGGGUUGACUGGGGAGGAGGAGCCUGAGCCAGGGCCACAGGAGGCGGGGUGGGGCCUCCCCAAGGCAGCUCCUGGAGACUGCUAGGACCACAGGCCACGGCCAGACACAGGGAGGCUGGAGGAAGUGAGAGGUGACUUCCUGGACCACCCAUUGCCAUGGCCCUGGCCCAGCAGCUGCGGGCAGAGAGCGACUUCGAGCAGCUUCCAGAUGACGUGGCCAUAUCAGCCAACAUCGCCGACAUUGAGGAGAAGAGGGGCUUCACCAGCCACUUUGUUUUUGUCAUCGAGGUCAAGACAAAAGGAGGAUCCAAGUACCUCAUCUACCGACGCUACCGCCAGUUCUACGCCCUGCAGAGCAAGCUGGAGGAGCGCUAUGGGCCUGAGAACAAGAGCAGCCCAACCACCUGCAGCCUGCCGGUGCUCCCAGCCAAAGUCUACAUGGGCGUGAAGCAGGAGAUAGCAGAGAUGCGGAUUCCGGCCCUCAAUGCCUACAUGAAGAACCUCCUCAGUCUGCCAGUCUGGGUGCUGAUGGACGCCGACAUCAGGAUCUUCUUUUACCAGUCGCCCUACGACUCGGAGCAGGUGCCGCAGGCACUCCGCCGGCUCCGCCCUCGCACCCGGAAAGUCAAGAACAUGUCCCCACAAGGCACCAGCUUUGACCACCUGGCAGCUCCGCGUGCAGAGGCCCUGUUCGAUUUCACUGGAAACAGCAAACUGGAGCUGAAUUUCAAAGCUGGAGAUGUGAUAUUCCUUCUCAGUCGGGUCAACAAAGACUGGCUGGAGGGCACUGCCAAGGGAGCCACAGGCAUCUUCCCAGUCUCCUUUGUGAAGAUCCUCAAGGACUUUCCUGAGGAGGACGACCCCACCAACUGGCUGCGCUGCUACUACUAUGAAGACACGAUCAGCACCAUCAAGGACAUCGCAGUGGAGGAGGACCUCAACAGCACUCCACUGUUCAAAGACCUGCUGGAGCUGAUGAGGCGGGAGUUCCAGAGGGAAGACAUCGCCCUCAAUUACCGGGAUGCAGAGGGGGACCUGGUUCGGCUGCUGUCAGAUGAGGACGUGGGGCUCAUGGUGAGGCAGGCACAAGGCAUUCCCACCCAGAAGCGUCUCUUCUCCUGGAAGCUGCAUGUCACCCAGCAGGACAACUACAGUGUCUACAACACGAUGCCCUGAGCCAUUUGGAGAUGAGGACCUUUUGAAGGGGGGGACUAGGAAGACUUCCAGGUUCAGAGGCUAUGGAUCCCCUGGGCUUGAUUGUGGGUUGUCUGUUUCUACACUUAUCUCUGAAUUAAAUAAACCUUUUCAUCUCA